UGAGUUUACAUCUGACUGAUCAGCAUCCCAGUCAUCUUGAGUUGAACAGACAGUUUGAAGAAAUCGCCCUCACUCAACUCCUUGUAAUCUCUUGUUGGACCUGAUCUUCAAGAACGAACCAUCAAGAAUGAAAAUCGGUGUGGCCACCGUUAUUGCAGUCGCACUCUUUCUGGGUAACUCUGUCGAGCUCCGAGCUGCCGUUACUACUGGGCCAAUUCCUUCGGACGGUGAUGGUCCUGCGACUGAAGCAUGUCAAACGUCCUGCCAGGGAACAGCUGCAAUUGUAGGAAUGUUACAAGGGUUGAAGGGCGAUGCAGGUCGGCCGGGGGAAAAAGGAGACAUUGGGCCGUAUGGCCCUCUGGGUGAGCGAGGAGCACCUGGGGUCAGAGGUCAGAUGGGAAACUCUGGACCUCCUGGGUCAAAGGGUGAUGCAGGCGAGUCGGGUCAACGUGGGGAGAUCGGACCUAUUGGCCUUAAAGGUGACACUGGGCCGAAAGGGGACGACGCCAUAGGCCUACCGGGUUUAGUGGGAGCAACUGGUCGGACUGGUGUCAAAGGUCAAAAGGGCGAGCCAGGGGAGACCCCAGAAAACUCCAACCAGCGGGUAGCAUUCACCGCGGUGAGGACGAGCAACGCGUUUACCUCCACGAGUCACAACACCCGUUUGCCCUUUGAGGAAUUCGAAACGCUUCUGCCGGGUACCAACUUCGAUCUUGAGAAUGGCACAUUCACGUGCGGUGUACCGGGUACCUACGUGUUUACGUUUUCUGUUCUCAAAAAUGGUCCCAGCAGCGUAAUGUACGUUUUUCUCGUGAAGAACGGCACGUUUGUUGUCUCUGGCCUUAGCAAUGAUGGGAAUCACUAUGAGCAGGUGUCUGGGAGCGCGGUGCUGGUUCUGCAGCGAGGAGACACGGUAUAUCUCACCAUGAACGGUGGGCCGGUGUACAGUGAACCCGUCGCUCACUACACCUCAUUCAGUGGCUUCCUCCUGUACCACAUAUGAAGAUAAACGAACAUCGUGUUGCUGAUACAGUGAAAUCUUGAUAAGUCAAACUCUAAUAAAUCGAAACAAUUGUUAAAGCCAAACAAAGAAUCCAUUUCGUUCAGUAGUAUAACAAUGAUAUACAACCCUGCUUAACUCAAAACUCUAGCUGCUUAA